CCAAACCAACCGCUGUAUAUUAAAAAAGCUUAACUGCUUCACGAAACUUCCCAAUCCUCUUUCAUAAUAUCCAAACUCCAAAUAUUGUUUUAAGUAAAGUAAUCAAAUACUCAAUUUCGACAUUCUUCUGAUUGUUAAACUUUUGUUGCAGGUUAAACAGAUCACUCAUUCAUUUUACAUCUGUUUAUAAGCAGACAUUUCAACUAGUCCUCCCAAAAUGUCAGGUGGUGAAGGAUCUUUAUUUGAUGGUGAAGACCAAUUACAUUCUGAUAUUGGAAUUUCUUUUACCACAACGGAAAUUAGGGGCGGCCCUGAGGAGUUGGGAUUUGUAAAUAAUUUUCGACAAGUGCUGAUCCGGGAGAACGUGCUUCCUCCUAUGCAUGAUGAUAAUCUCAAAUUGUUAAGAUUCUUGAAAGCUAGAAAGUUUGAUAUUGAGAAGACGAAGCUCAUGUGGACAAAUAUGCUUCAAUGGAGAACAGAUUUUGGAACUGACAGUAUUAUCAAGGAUUUCGACUUCCAUGAGAGGGAUGAAGUUCUACAAAACUACCCUCAGGGCUAUCAUGGCACGGAUAAGGAAGGAAGACCAGUUUAUAUUGAACAAUUGGGGCUAAUGAAUGUCGACAAACUUAUGGAAGUGACUACUCUGGAUCGUUAUGUUAAAUAUCACGUCCAAGAAUUUGAGAAGUCUAUUGACUUCCGAUUUCCUGCCUGCUCUGUAGCUGCAAAAAGACAUAUCGAUAGAGGUGUUACCAUUUUGGAUGUUGAAGGAGUGAGUUUGAGGAAUUUUACCAAGCCUGUACGAGAAGUCAUUUUGCAGCUGCAGAAGAUUGAUAAUGACUAUUACCCUGAAACACUUGGUGAAAUGUUUGUUAUAAAUGCUGGACCGGGAUUUAGGCUACUCUGGCAUAUACUCAAGCCUUUUCUUGACCCCGAAACGACGUCUAAGAUACAUGUUCUUGGCAACAAUUAUCAAGCCAAACUGCUUGAAAUCAUUGAUGAAUGGGAGUUGCCAGAUUUUCUUGGUGGUAGGUGUACGUGUGAAAAUGAUGGUGGUUGUUUAAGGUCAGAUAAAGGGCCAUGGAGAACCCUCAAGGAGAUAUCAAUGGAAGCAGAGUGUUUAGAGAAGACAAUGGCGACAUCCAACGUUACAAGGCAACAAAAAACAGUUUUAGAGUCCAAGUAGGUGGGAGGAGUCCUUUUUCUUUUAUGAAUGAGCAAGACCACUCUUCUGUUUCCAAGUUCAACUAGAACUAUGAUAAUUUUCCUCCUUGUAUAUAUAAUUGACGUAGUUACUGCAAUACCACCAUUGUUGAGAUAAUUAAUAUGGCGGUGGAGCAGAGGGAGAAGGAGAGAGAAGAAGACGACAUUGAAUCAUGUUGUGUUUCCAAAGAAGUAAAUGAUUGGGAUCUGUGUGCAAAUAUGGUUAUAUGUGUAUGGUGUUAUGUUACCUGUUUCAUAUUGAUGCCCUUUCUUGUGCUUCUGUUUGAGAUUUGAUGAAUGUCUAUUGAUGAAUUUUUUUACUCAUCUUUUCUUUCAAGUCUACCACAAUCUAUGUAUUUGUAUC